CUAAGCUACCCUAUCUGCAGAGGGGUCUGGGAGAGGUUUCGUUUAUCUUAUUUUUUUUCUUAAAUUGGAUUGUUAUCUCUGACAAUACAGUCUUUGAUAUUACAAAAGAGGAGGAGAAGGGGUGUUGGGUAGAUCGCUAGCAGCCUCAGCUAAUCUGGGCAGUUUCAGGGCGUGGUGGUGUAUUCCAUGCAUUCUGCUCAAUGUGUGGUUUAGCUAAAUAAUGAAAACACUCUAGGCCUCAGUUUUCUCACCUUUAAAAUGGACAUAAUAACACCUACCUUGUAGUGACUAAAUUUUAUAGGACUCAUGAAAGUUCAAUGAGAAGGUGUACGCCAAUGUCUUAGAGCUAUGGAGGUAUACUGUAAGUGUCCAAUAGGUGUUAGUUGUGAUGGUGAGCACAGGAGAUGGUGAUGAUGCAGAUCCUGAACGCAGUCUGCCUGGGUUGUAUCCCACCUGCAGCACUUUCUGCUCAGCCGUGAGUGCGUUACUAUGAUUCAGUUUCUUCAGUGGUAAAAUAGUAGGAUGAGAGAAUCUGCCUCUUUAAAAUGCUCUCAUAUUGGGAUGAUCCGUGUAACGAGCUUAACAGAGUGUGUGGUGUAUGACAGGUACUCAAAAAAUGCUGUUCAUUAAGAUUGGAAGCACGGAGAACGGGAGUGUGAGGCUCAGUGAGGUGCAGUAUCUGGGUUGUAUUCAGGCCAAGGUGGGAGCCGGUAAAGAAGGUGGGGAGGGUGUCACAAGCAGAGCGAGGGGCACGCAGGUGUGAAAGCACGUGGUGUGUGCUCAGAGUUCAUGGUGAGAAACGUCUGGUGCGUCUGGGCCCCAAGGUCAAGGUAGGAAGCAGGACAGGCUGAGGUGGAGAGGAAGGCAGUGUUUGGGACUUGGACAGCUUGUGUGACAUGAUGAGGAACCCACAGCCCUGCUGCCCCAUCUCCUGGGGAUGGUUUCUGAGGGUGGAUGCGAUCACAUUCACAGACAAGGAAUUAGCUGAUCUGAACAAUGCUUGGAUUAUUGGCGUCUGUCAGCUGCUACCUGUUAACCAAAGGCCCAAGGCUCAAACUCCGACAGGCUCCUCUGGGAACAGGCCAUGAAUCAUAUAAUGAUGGCCACUUUGGCAGAAAGGGAAUGCUAAUAGCUGGAGGCUGAUCUUAUGACUGGAAGAAAGGAAGGCUGUCGUAGGUUUUCAUAGGGAUAGAAAAACAAGUUCACUCUAGGUUUCUACAGGGCUUUAUUCCCCAUUAGCAGGUAAGAACAGAUGUGUUUAUCCGAUUCCCCUAGAAAUUAAGGUGUUAAGGCAGCCGAAGAGGUAAAUUUUGAGGUGAGAGGAGGAGGUACUGGGGAGACAGGGGUACAUUAUAGUUAAGCGACGAUAGGGGCAGCAAAGGGCCAGCUGGGGCCUCAGCAGGGAGGUUGAGUAGAAAGAACACUUGACACAAGUUCAAAGUCUUGGGACCACCUCUGACCCCAAGUUCCCAGAAAUGAUGUACAGUGUUCUGUAAAACAUGGAUGAUAACACUUGCUCGACUGGCCUGACCAGGCUGUUUGAUCAAAUGAGAAAAUAUACGUCUGCAAAGACACUUUGUGAGGGACAUCUAGAAUAAAAUCCACCCUCCACCUCAAUCUCCCAGGCCUUCUGACGGAUUAUAGAACACACCAGCCUCUUUCCCACCUUUGUCCACAUGUUCCUUUUUCUGCCUAGAACAUUCUUCUGCCAGUUCUUCCUACAGUUCAUCUCAGCUUAUAUGCCACUUCCUCAGAAAGGCCUUCCCUGCCCUAUUGAAAGCACGCACUCCCCUUUGACCCUCUCCUGCCCAAGAUAGCUUGUGGUUAAGGACUCAGGCUCUGAAGCAAGUCUCUGGGGUUCAAGUUCAGCUCUGACACAUACCAGCUGUGUGACCUUGGGCAGUCACCCAAACUCCUUGUGCUUCUAUUUCCACAUGUAUAAGAUGAAGAUCAUAAUAAUAUUUAUCUCACAAAGUGGUAGAGACAAAGAUGACUUCAGUAGGUGUCAGCUAUUAUUACUGUUCAUCAGAGUGCUCUAUUUCCUUUCUAGAACUAACCAUGUCUGUAAUUAAUUUGUCUGUAUAUGUUUAUUAUCCAACACUCACCCUUUUCCAUAAUGGGCUCCCCAUGAGGGCAGCGAUCAUGUCUUGCUGAUCCAUUCUUUUUUUUUUUUUUUCCAUUUAGUGUUUGUGUUGUUGGGGUUGGGUACAUGUGUUGGUAUCUAUCUCUGAGCACAACUUAUAGGAGACAAUGUUUUUUAUUUAUUUAUUUUUAUUUAUUUAUUUAUUUUAUUUUUGGCUGCGUUGGGUCUUCGUUGCUGCGUGUGGGCUUUCUCUAGUUGUGGUGAGCGUGGGCUACGCUUCAUUGCGGUGCACAGGCUUCUCACUGUGGUGGCUUCUCUUGUUGUGGAGCACGGGCUCUAGGCGCACGGGCUUCAGUAGUUGUGGCGCAUGGGCUUCAGUAGUUGUGGCUCGCGGGCUCUAGAACGCAGGCUCGGUAGUUGUGGUGCACGGGCUUAGUUGCUCCGGGGCAUGUGGGAUCUUCCUGGACCAGGGCUCGAACCCGUGUCCCCUGCCUUGGCAGGCAGAUUCUUAACCACUGUGCUACCAGGAAGCGCUGAUCCAUUCUUAUAUACCAUGUGUAUAGCACAGUAUAGCCUGGAACCUAGAAGAUGCUCAAGAAAUAGUUGUUGGAUGAGGAAUGUACUGAAUGAGCAUUUCCCAGAACCAAGCCCUGGGGUGACCCAGGCAGUCCCGGGACCAGCCAAGGAAGUGGUCAGAUGGCCCUGCUUUGCAUUUUAUUCUCCCCUUGGUAAGGCUUUCACUUAUGUAAUGGAACAGCAGUGAAAUCCCACGAUACCUAAGUGCUUCCCCUCCAGCCAGCCCAGUAUACGACCACAAAAAGGAGGAAGAAAAAGUAAGAGAAAGAGAAGAGCUCCAAACCACAUGCUUCUUGGGACAGAAAAAUGAGCUCUGUUUUCUCCCAGAGUCAUGUGAGGGCACAGUGGCAGACAGGGGGCAUGUUUUGCUGAGCUUCAGAGCAACCAAGCAGUGAAGAAUCAAGGGCCUCAGCCUGAGUGUCAGCAGUUGAGGCUUUUCCACCUCUGCACCUAACUUGCUGUGCAACCUUCAUCAAGUCACCUUCCCUCUCUGGGUCUCCUAAGUGUCCUCAUCUGCAAAUUGAGGGGAUUGGAAUAAAUGAUUAAGGUAGAGCCGUCAUGCAGUCCUGGUUUUGCCUAUAGAUCUGGCAUAAUUAUUAACAAUAACCUCUUUCAUUCUCUAAGUGACCUGUACUAGGUGAUAAAUUAUAAAAUCAGUUUGAUUCAAAUCACACUGUUUCCAUUUUUUGGAUAUGAUAAACAAUACUGCAGUGAAGUUCCUUAUACAUUCCUUUAUUCAACAAAUAUUUGAUAAGCAUCUGUUAUGUACCAGGUAUGGUUCUAUGCUCUGGGGAUACUGGAGGAAUAAGAUAGAUAAGAUCUCUGUGUGGAAAAUACAUUCUUGUGAGGGAGAUAGAUAAUAAACGAGAAAACAACAACAACAAAAUAAAUUUUAGAUAGUUAUGAAGAAAAUAAAGGAGAACAGUGUGCUAGAUAGUGAUAGGAGGUGCUACUUUAUAAAGUGUGGUGGCGGAAGGUCUCUUUGAAGAGGUCACGUUUGAGCUGAGACCUGAAUGAUAAGAAGGAGCCAGUUAUGCAAAGUACCAGGGAGAAUGUACAGCAAAUGCAAAGAUCCUGAGGUUAGGAACAGCUCUUUGUGUUUGAAGAGUAGAAACAGAGACAGUAUGACUAAAGUAUAGCAAGUGGUUGGAAAUGAGGUUAGACAUAUAGGCAGGGGCCAGAUCAUAUAGGGUCAAGGAGUUUGAGUUUUGUUCUUAGUGCAGAAUAUCUGGUUGUAUUUUAAUCACUGGAAAAUCAAAGAAUAAAACUAGCUCUAUGUAGAAUGGACUGUGAGCAAAAAAUUUCGUGUAUCUGGUUAGCUACAGCACAGAAAGCCAUAACUUCACCCUAGGGUGUGUGGCACCCUGGGAGAGAAUGAACAGCAGAGUCAGAGAGAUCUAUGUUCAAAUUCCAGCUCCAUUGGUAUAUAUCCAAAAGAAGUGAAAGUGGGGUCUCGAAGAGAUAUUUGUAUGUCCAUGUUCAUAGCAACAUUAUUCACAAUAACCACGAAAUGGAAGCAACCCAUUCAUGGAUGAGUGGAUAAACAAAAUGUUGUAUACAAAUACAAUGGAAUAUUGUUCAGACUUGAAAAAGGAAGGAAAUUCUGACACAUGUUAAGGAAGGAAAUUCUGACACAUGAUACAAUAUGGAUGACCCUUGUGGGUAUUAUGCUAAGUGCAAUAAGCCGGAUACAAAAAAACAAAUACUUUAAAGUUCCACUUACAUGAGGUACCUAAAAUAGUCAGAUUCAGAGAGACGGAAAGUAGAAUGGUGGUUGCCAAGGGCUAGGAAGAAGUGGGAAUGGGGAGUUGUUUAAUGGGCAUGGAGUUUCAGUUUUGCAAGAUGAAAAGAAUUCUGGAGAUUGGCUGCACAGUAAUGUGCAUGUACUUAAUACUACUGAACUGUAUACUUAAAAAUGGUAAAAGAUAGUAAAUUUUAUGUUAUUUUUGUUUUACUAUAAUUAAAAAAAAUUUUUAAAUUCCAGCUCCAUCACGUACGGGCAGUGUGAUUUGGCCGUUAAUCUCUCUGAGCCUCAGUUUUUGCAUAUGUAAAAGGGUGACAGUAAUACCUCCUAGCUCUUGUGUAGACAGGCUCAGAGGCUGUCUAUUCCAAUAUUCCACUGCACAAUUUGGAAUCUCAGGCUUCCCAGCCUUCCCAGGCAGCUAAAAGACCCUUUCAGUGAAUCUUUUUUUUUUUAACAUCUUUAUUGCAGUAUAAUUGCUUUACAAUGGUGUGUUAGUUUCUGCUUUAUAACAAAGUGAAUCAGUUAUACAUAUACAUAUGUCCCCAUAUCUCUUCCCUCUUGCAUCUCCCUCCCUCCCACCCUCCCUAUCCCACCCCUCUAGGUGGUCACAAAGCACCGAGCUGAUCUCUCUGUGCUAUAUGGCUGCUUCCCACUAGCUAUCUAUUUUACGUUUGGUAGUUUAUAUAUGUCCAUGCCACUCUCUCACUUUGUCACAGCUUACCCUUCCCCCUCCCCAUAUCCUCAAGUCCCUUCUCUAGUAGGUCUGUGUCUUUAUUCCUGUCUUGCCCCUAGGUUCUUCAUGACCUUUUUUCUUUUUCCCUUAGAUUCCAUAUAUAUGUGUUAGCAUACGGUAUUUGUUUUUCUCUUUCUGACUUACUUCACUCUGUAUGACAGACUCUAGGUCCAUCCACCAUCUUGAUUGAGUUGCCCUUGUACCUAAUACACAGUAGAUGCUCAAUGAACAUUUGUUGAUUGACUUGCUGACUGGAUCCGCUUAUGUAGUAGACAUGAUCUAGAAGGAGCCAUAUGUGUAGGGAAAUAUGUACCUGGUACCUAGUUGGCAUUCCAUAAAUAUUUAUGGAACAGGUGAAUGAACAAAGUGGAUGACACAUCUGGCCAUGAAUUGUAAAACAAUCUGCCUGUUCCAAAAUAUGUGAGAGAUUUUUUUUUUGUUAUCUGGUACCAUAAUAGUUGCUUCAGAAAGCAAACUAACUGAAAGCCCUGCUGACUGAGUCUCAUAUUAACAUCUGUAUUAGUUUUCUGUUGCUAGAAAAUAACUUCCACAAAUACAGUGGUUUAAACAACACCAAUUUAUUACCUUACAGUUCUGUAGGUCAGACUUUUGACAUGGGUCUCAGCAGGGUAAAAUCAAGGUGUCAGUAGAGCUGUGUUCAUUACUGGAGGUUCUAGGGGAAGGAUCUGUUUCCUUGCACAUUUGGAUUGUUUGCAAAAUUCAGUUCCUUGUGGUUGUAGGACUGAGAUGCUGUUUCCUUGCUGGCUGUCAUUGAGGACUAUUCCCAGCUUCUAGAGCCACUCACAUUCCUUGAUUUGUGUCCACUUCCACCAUCUUGAAAGUCAGCAACUCUUCUUCUUCCCUCUCAUCUUUCUGACCCAGCACAGAAAGGUUCUCCAUCUUUAAGGAGCCAAGUAAUUAGAUUAGGUUCACCUGGAUAAUCCAGGCUACUCCUCCCAUCUCAAGGUCCUUAACCUUAAUCCCACUCAUGAAAUCCCCUGGAAAAAUUGAAAGAUUCUGGGGUUAAGUCAUGAAUAUUUUUGGAGGGUUAUUACUCUGUCUACCACUGCAUCCAGUAUCACUUUGGAAGGAUUGGUUUCUCAGAGCAGGUAAUUUUAUCUCAGCAAAGAGCUAUGGGAAAUGAGGCCAGUGAAAGGGAAUUUUGGAUAAAGGGAAGAGAGAUGAGGCAUUGGCCAUAAAUGUGUUAGCAGGCCUGUGAGGGAUGCGACAGAAAGAGGUUCUUGGCUUCAUGGAAUCCAGGUUGCUCAAAGAAGAAAGAAAUACUUAACAAAUGCCAGAAAGUUAAACUUUGUGUGUCUUACAGUUUCCUUUCUGAUUCUGAUCUGUUCUGCCAAGGAGGAAGUAAUCUUCACCUGCCAUGAAUAACCGUUAAUACCUUGCCCCAUGAUUUUUUUUUUUUUGCUGUAUGCAGGCCUCUCACUGUUGUGGCCUCUCCCGUUGCGGAGCACAGGCUCCGGACGCCCACGGGCCCAGCCGCUCCGUGGCAUGUGGGAUCUUCCCAGACUGGGGCACGAACCCAUGUCCCCUGCAUCGGCAGGUGGACUCUCAACCACUGCGCCACCAGGGAAGCCCCAUGAUUUUAAUUUGUUGAUUGAUGGGUUGUUAUUCGUUCAUUGCUACCAAUAAUUGAAGGAUGUUUUCUUUGCUGGCUUGGUGAAGCUUCCAGAUGUUAUGAGAGCAGGCAUGACUUUGGCUCACCCAGCUCAUGGCAUUGGCUCUGAAUGCUGUCAUUGGCUCCUAUAGUGGGCUCAGCCACUAAUCAAGGACCUGGUGGUGUGUGACACAGACCUUUACAUCAUUUCUGGAUCUUCCUCUCCACAGAGUCCAGAUCUUACAACUGAAAACGCUCCUUGGGAUUACCCAGCUCUCAACUUUCACAUUACAAGAAAGAAAACUGAAGGUGCAAAAAUGGCAAGUAGUUGGCCCAGCAGGUCAGUGGCAGAAUUGGGGUUGACCUCAGAUCUUUCCACCCUGACUGGGAGCCUGGCUGCCUUUCUACCCCCUCGCCCAGUGCCCAAAACACCUCCCGAUUCUAAAAGGCUAGUAACUUUAUGUGUUAUCCUUUCCUAGGGACAUCUGCCUUUAAGAAACAAAACAAAGAUAAGCAACAACAUUCAACAACAAACUGAGUGGUCACCAUUUUAUGUAAUAGGGAUUAUUCUGCCCUUAGAAGUCAGAGAGAGAUUCUUUGGGGUGAGGGGAAUGGUUGGCGGGAACGCUAACAGUGGUGGUGUUGGCAGCCAGGGCUGGAGUAAACUUUCUAGUAUCUCCUCUCCCUUCUCCUCCAAAAUAAAUAAAUAGGAAAAGAAAAGGCAAAUAUAAACAAAAAGCAACUAGGUCAUCAUAAGAUAGGUUCUGCCUUCAGCUCAGGAAGGAACUAAUUAGUGGUUUGGAUUGGUGAUGGUAUUGUUGCAAAUAUUGUUAAGGUAACGGAAUGUUAUUAGAUUUUUUGUUGCCAUAGAGACAGCCAAAGCACGAAUAAGCCCCUUGCCCUGCCCCCAUAGCGAAGGAGACCUCUGCUGGUCAAGUCCUCUGGUCCAUUCCUCUGCCAUUAGGCAGGACCCCAUUAACCAUCCUGACAGGUGAGGACCUUUUAGGAUUUAUCUAGAUAAAUGACUUCAGACUUUCUGGAGUUGUUAUAGUCAAGCACUGUGUCAGAAGUGGUGAGGAUACAAAACCAUAUAAGAUACAUACUUUUAACCUCAAAUUAAAUGGCAUGGAUGGGUACCUCCCCAAAUUUUAUACCAAAAUGUUUGUAACAGUGGAGGAGCAGCAACAAUGUGAAGCAGCCCUUCCCAAGCUUGGAAUUUUGGUCACAUUUGGGAUUUUCACAUACUAUUUCAUGCAAAUGCUGGAAUCCACUUCUUAAUAUAAAUAUGUUUGCUUUAAUGUCCACAUUUACGUUCUAUUAACCAUUUUUUCUCCCCAGUCUUCUAGUAAAAUCGAUGCUCCAAGAAGAUACCCUGGGUUGACCAGUGACCUUGGAUAUCUUAUAUGUGGAUCCCAGACUGGAUCUUUGUGUACUCAAGUUUGAGAAGCGUGGAUGAGCCAGGAGUUGGCAAACAUUUUUUUUUUUUGUAAAGAGCCAGACAGUAAACAUUUAGGCUUUGUGAGCCAUACCGUUUCUGUUACAAAUACUCAACCCUGUCUUGUAGUGUCUCAAGAGCAGCCACAGACAAUAUACAAAUGAAUUGGAUGGCUGUGUUCCAAUAAAACUUUAUUUACAAAACAAACAGAUUUGGCCCAUGGCCUGGAUUUGGCCUGCAGGCUAUAGUUUACCAACUCCUGGGUUCGACAAUAAAUGCCCAAGAGAUUAUAAAAGGCAAAUAUUUUCAGCUGGGACAAAUAAGAAAGAAGAGUGGGAGUAGAAAUUCUAUUGAUCAUUGAAGGCUACACAGUAUUUCAAAGAGCAGAGAGGACAUGGCAGCAUUAUUAAUAGAGGGCCAGUAUAGACAAAAGUGAAUAUUUUUAAGUUUACAUAUAGGUAGGGGACAGGAAGUACAAUAAGUAAAUCAGUUUGGCUUGAGGAAGGAACUCAUGUCCAAGGGAAGCAUUCUAAAAUAUCAGGGCUGGAAGGGACUUUGCUGAUUAUUUGCUUCUCAUUGUAUUUCCCAUUGAUGGGGAAAUCGAGGUCAAAAGAGACCCCAGAUCUGGAAAGAAGCUGAAGAGUGGUGUGCCUUGAAUACUAAGGUAAGGGAUCUCUGUUGUGCCAGGUACCAGCUAGUGAUGUUUCAGCAUUUCAUCAUUUGAAUGUUUAUUCAUUAAUCAACUUCCUACAUAUCUUGUGACCAGAUGUCCCAAGAGAAUUUCCUUUGAGAUGGAGUUAAUUCUUACCCAUCGUAUACCAUUGUGAACUACCCCGUAAACAUAGUGACAAGACACACCUGGAGCAAUCAACAGGACAAUUGCCAAGGAUCCAGAAACUUUAGCUUCUCCUCCUGCUGUCAACUUGCUCUGUAACCUGGGCCAAAUCCUGAGCCCUCCUCUGGUUUUCCCCUUGAUUAAACAAGAAGCACUCAUUCUUGUCCUUCCAUCAGAACUGGUGACCUGUUAUUUUGUCACUACUCUGCCCCUUUCUCCCACCACCAACAUCAAAGUCAUAAAUGACCAGAGGACCCUGGAGUGGGAGGUGCCACAACUUUGCGUGACCCCGAUGUUCAUUCACUGAUUUGUUUUCCCACUAAUUAUUGACCACUUCCCAUGCACUGGUUGCUGAGGAUAAACAAUGAACGAGGUAAGCAGGCUUCUGCCCUCACAGAGCUCACAUUCUAGUGGUAUGAGAUGGUGGGGAACAUAAUGUACAAGUCAACAAAUAAAAGAAUUUCAGCUGGAGAUAAGUCCUGUGAAGGAAAUUGAACAAGGUAUUGUGAUAAUGACUAGAGGGGCUCUUUUGGCUGGUCUAGCAAGGGAAGACCUCUUUGAGGAGAGAGUGAAGGAUGAGAAGAGCCACCGACAGAGGCUUCUGGGCCAAAGGAAGAGCAAGGGGCAAAGGCCAUGAGUGUGCACUGUUCGAGGUACAGAGGGAAGGCGUGUGUGUCUGCAGGGUGGUGGGUGAGGGGAAGAUGGAUGGUAGACAAAGAUGAAGAGGUUGACAACAUGAAAUUGAUGAGUUUUCAUCUGGGCAAUCCAGUGACUCAAUCUGGUUUAUAUUUUUAAAAGAGCAUCCAGGCUGUUACCUGGAGAAUGACUUGGAGGGAUUAAGAGUAGAAGUAAGAUAAUCAACAAGCCUUGUCCAGGUGGGAAAUAAUGGUGGUCUAGAUCAGACAGUAGUAGCCAUGGAGACUGAGAGAAGUCACUGGAUUCAGGAUAUAUUUUGGAAGCAGAAGAAACAGGACCUGUUGAGCGAUUAGACGUAGGCAUUUGGGGUCGUGCUGGUGGUGGUACUAGGUGAAGGGAAAGCGGAAAUCGAGGAUGACCUCUCAGGUUGGGGCUUGAACAACCAGUAAGUUGUGGUAUCUUUUACAUUGUUUGUAGAGACUGGAAUGCUAGUUUUGGGUGGGGAGUGUGGGGAGUGUGGGCAGUCAGUUGGUCCAACAUGGGUGUGCUGAGGCGAAGAUGCCUGUGACACCUCCAGGUGGGGAUGUGCUGUUGGCAGCUGGAGAUAUAUUCUUUGUGUGUCUCCAGUCUUAAAGGGUUAGUAUUCUCUCUAACACCCAAACAGCAAUCUCGUGAGAGUUGAUUUGCUUGACCACACAUUUUAUAUCUCUUCCCUGGAAUGUCUGGGACAUUCUGUGAAUGUCUGUGAAUUCCGUGGAUCCGUCCUAGAUUCUACAUUUCGCCUCCACCAGACAUCCUGCUCCCAUCUCUGCCCAACCCUUUGCUACCACAUGACUUCUCUCCUCAUCCUGCUUGGUCCCAGCGUGGACGCAUUUAAGGGACCUGAUACAUAGUGGCAAAAAGCUCUUCCCAUCAACAGCAAAGGCCUAUUUCCCCACAUUCUCACCAACGUCGGGCAGUAUUAUUUGCCAAUUUGAUAGGUGAUAGAUGGUGACACGUUUCAAUUUGUAUUGCAAAGAUGUGCUUUUAAACAAUAAAGCACUCUGUGUAAAUUGCAAUACACAGAAUCAUUCAAGUGCUCACAAUCACGAUUAAUUAUUCAGAAAUUUCAGGGUGCAGAUAAUAACAGUGGCUACCAUUUGUUGAAAUCCCUCAGUGUACCAGGCACUGCAGUGGUGGUACCUCUUUUAAUCCCCAUAGCAUCCCAAAUGUUGUACAUGUUAUUAUCAUCUCUCAUAUAAUGGAUGAGGAAACUGAGGCCAAGGAAAAUUAAGUAACUUGUCCAAAUGGCAUAGCUGGGAAUCACACCCCAGGUCAGGGAGAGUGUUCCUAACCAUUGCCUGCCUUCCUUCUGCUGUCCUGAGAAGGGGGCCAGCCCAGGACUGCUCCUCACCCAGGAUGACAGCAUUAAUUGAACUCCUUCUGGAAAUUCUUGUCGCUUCUUAGCCUCCCCUUCUAACCUUUCUGUUUUCUCUUCCCAGGUUUCUAGAUCCUUUGGGGGGUUUACUUCUCAUUGACAUCUGAUCAUUAUAACUCUCUCUGAUCCUCCCUCAGCAAAAACAUCCAAUUCUGCAGAGUUCUAUAGAAAUAAAAUGGGACUGAAUAACCUGUGAUACAAUUGGACCAAGAUGAUUUUAAGCAUUGUUAAACAGGGUUUGAGAGCACACAAUUGGUGAUGUUUGUGUUUGAAACCCUGGCAAUCUGAGGCUCCUUAAUAAAUUGGGUAUAAUUGGAGUUAUUGGGUAUCAGCCUUUUAAAGACUCAAUUCUGAUGGCCAAAUGCCCUUCCAGGUAGACUGGACUCCCGCCAGCUGCUUGAAUAUGCCUACUUCACAUGAUGAUGUUCUUUCAGGCCUGGAGAGCUGCAAUCUUGAUCCAUUGGCCAUCAAAGGCAAAUGCUACAGGGGAAAGAAGGGGGGCUGUCAACAGAAGAAAUUGCAGCCUCAGUAAUUUGUGUGGAAGUGAGUGACAGAGCAUGACUACCCCACUUACCUCUUGGGGGUGAUGAAAAGUUAUGAAUCAUGAACAAGCAAUGACAGAACCGAAGAAUAGACAACAGUGAUCAGAACAGUAACUAACACUUACUGAGCGCCCAGGAUGGAUUAGACACUGUGCUAAGUCCUCUCCAUGUACUAUCUUCAUUCGUUCUCCUAACAAUUUAAUGAGGUCUGUACAGUUAACAACCUCAGUGCACAAAGAAAAAGCACAUCCAGCUACAAGUAGAGGAGCCAGGAAUUGAACCUCGGUGGAUGGACCUGGGAGCUUGUGCUCACCACCAGGAGAUGAAGAAACCAGGGUUCAAAGAGUAUUCACAGCUGCCCCAGGUCACACAGCCAAGCGAGUGGCAGAGCUGGGACUUGAACUCACGUCCGUCAGACUCUGCAGCCUGAACCCUGCCUCCCAGGAAGGGGAAGGAGUGAGAAAAGAUAGGAAAAGCUGGAAACAUCUGACCCGUUGCGUCUGCUGGGAGGAAGGAGGCUGCCGGCUGCAGGACAGCGAACAGCAGCGGCAGGGGAAGCUCCAGGCUAUGGUCAUCCAUCUCCUGCUCAGACUGCCUUACUCGAAGGGGAACAGACAGACACACAGGACAGGGGAUAAAUUGGGAUCCUGAGAAGUCUCUGUAAUGGGAGGUGGUGUCCUGGCUUAGUCACCUGAGCUGUGUGAGAGACCUGGCCUUCUGGCUUUGUGCCACACCAGCCAUUGCCCUAGCAUGACUCUCCUCCUUCCAUUGGAUUCUGCUCUCCAGUCAGCAUCAUCUUGCUAAAGAAGCAUAAACCACAAGCUCUGGGGAAGCUGGUUUGUCUGUCUCACAAGCAGGCCUCAAAGUCUCCUGGCUACCUUCCUAAAUUUCCCUGGAUGUGGGGUGAUCACCUGGUCAAACAGAUAUCUCUCCAGUGCACGAGACCAGACUGCUGCAGAAGUCUAUUGUUGCCUUUUCUUUGACUUAUUUGAGUGUGAUCAUGGGAGGACAUGUUGAGAUGCUCUUCUAUCAGCCUGGGCCCUGAUUAGGCCCUCAGAGUAAGCUGCAGGAAUAGGCUUCUGCGGUCUUGGAUCUCCUAUUGCUCCCCCGCUCCCACGAGCUGCCGAGGGCCUUUCCUGGCUUGGAGCCACACCCAAGUCCUCAUCAGCGUGGUCAUCUUCUUUCCAAAAUUGAGCCUACCUACCACAGGGGGACCAGCAUUUACCAGGUCAGCUCCAGGCAGAGGUGAAGGAUGACUAGAGCUGUUAAUGAACACCACCACCAAAAUACUUGUGAUCUAUCGAAUGACUCGAUUCCCACAUGGUGGAUGUCAAGUUUAGUACAUGUGUCCUGUCAUCUGAUGGCCAGAACAGCUUAAUGAAAACUUCAGUUUUCUUUGGACAUCCAAGCUCCCUCCGUGUAGCCUCAGGUGAAGCUGACUGUACCCCUCAGAGCCAGGGUUCUCAAUGGAGCAGCACCAGGAAGAGGUGAGGUGGGCAGUCCUCCAGACUGAGCAAGGAAACAUUCUGAAGUUUUCAGGUGACAACAAAGGUGCCACGCAAGUUGCAGAGCCCCCUAUAUCUGAGUGCUGACUCCAGACGCCCCUCACUAAAGGCAAGCACCCCCAGCCCACUUUUGAAACUGCGGAGUGAAUAGGAGGAAAAAAGAAUCCCAGUGAGCCACCUGGGGGUGGGGGACAGGGGGAUCCCCACUCUCAGGUCACUCUGCCCCCACCCCCGCCCCGCUCCCCCCACCUCUUACCCUCCCCCCACCUCUUACCCUCCCCCUACUGGCCUGCCCUCGGGGAGACGGGGGCGCGGCCCGCCUCCGGGCUGAGCAGGGUGGCGGCGUCGGGGCUGCGGGCGCCUUCGCUGGACCCGCAUUGCCCCCUAGUGCCGCGCGGAGUCAGGACGCCGGGCUCCCCGCCUGAUGUCACCGCCGUGCAGUCAUCCCAGAGGCGGCUCAUUGAAAGCAGACCCUCCUCGGCGCUAGCUGGGCGGAGGCGCCGCUGUCCGCAGACCCGCCGCGGGCCGGGCAGAGCCGGGCGCCCCCUGCCCCGCCGCCCGCUCCUCCCCGCCGCUCCCCACGAGCCCGGCCCGGCGCGCCUGACGUGGACCAUUAAACUUGGAGCUGCCGCCUCGUCCCCUCUCUCCUCUUCUUCGCUCUGACAGGCGAGCGAGCGGCUCGGUGCAGGCAGGAGACGUGCUGCCGGGCUGGGCUGCCCGGGGGAGAUGACUUCUCGCCAGGAGGACGCCUUUGGGAAGAAGACCACGGGGGAAGCAAAGUUUCAGGGCAGCUGAGGAGCCUUCACCAGCCCUUCCCAGCCCUGUCACCCCUCUGGCUAUGGAGGGCGGACUCUAAAAUGAAUCCCGAUCUGGACACCGGCCACAACACAGCAGCACCUGCCCACUGGGGAGAGUUGAAAAAUGCCAACUUCACUGGCCCCAACCAGACCUCGAGCAACUCCACACUGCCCCAGCUGGACAUCACCAGGGCCAUCUCCGUGGGCCUGGUGCUGGGCGCCUUCAUCCUCUUUGCCAUCGUGGGCAACAUCCUAGUCAUCUUGUCUGUGGCCUGCAACCGUCACCUGAGGACGCCCACCAACUACUUCAUUGUCAACCUGGCCAUUGCCGACCUGCUGCUAAGCUUCACUGUGCUGCCCUUCUCCGCGGCCCUGGAGGUGCUCGGCUAUUGGGUGCUGGGCCGUAUCUUCUGUGACAUCUGGGCUGCCGUGGAUGUCCUGUGCUGCACAGCCUCCAUUUUGAGCCUGUGCGCCAUCUCCAUCGACCGCUACAUCGGGGUGCGCUACUCUCUGCAGUACCCAUCGCUGGUCACCAGGAGGAAGGCCAUCUUGGCACUCCUCGGUGUCUGGGUCUUGUCCACGGUCAUCUCCAUUGGGCCUCUUCUUGGGUGGAAGGAGCCGGCGCCCAAUGAUGACAAGGAAUGUGGGGUCACUGAAGAACCCUUCUAUGCUCUCUUCUCCUCCCUGGGCUCCUUCUACAUCCCUCUGGCGGUCAUUCUGGUCAUGUACUGCCGGGUCUACAUCGUUGCCAAGAGGACCACCAAGAACCUGGAGGCUGGAGUCAUGAAGGAGAUGUCCAACUCCAAGGAGCUGACCUUGAGGAUCCACUCCAAGAACUUUCAUGAGGACACCCUCAGCAGUACCAAGGCCAAGGGCCACAACCCCAGGAGUUCCAUAGCUGUCAAACUUUUUAAGUUCUCCCGGGAAAAGAAAGCAGCCAAGACCUUGGGCAUUGUAGUCGGUAUGUUCAUCUUGUGUUGGCUACCCUUCUUCAUCGCUCUACCACUUGGCUCCCUGUUCUCCACCCUGAAGCCCCCCGACGCCGUGUUCAAGGUGGUGUUCUGGCUGGGCUACUUCAACAGCUGCCUCAACCCCAUCAUCUACCCGUGCUCCAGCAAGGAGUUCAAGCGCGCCUUCAUGCGCAUCCUCGGGUGCCAGUGCCGCGGCGGCCGCCGCCGCCGCCGUCGCCGCCUCUUGGGCGGCUGCGCUUACACCUACCGGCCGUGGACGCGCGGCGGCUCGCUGGAGCGGUCGCAGUCGCGCAAGGACUCGCUGGAUGACAGCGGCAGCUGCCUGAGCGGCAGCCAGCGGACCCUACCCUCGACCUCGCCGAGCCCCGGCUACCUGGGCCGCGGCGCGCCGCCGCCCGUCGAGCUGUGCGCCUUCCCGGAGUGGAAGGCGCCUGGCGCCCUCCUGAGCCUGCCCGCGCCCGAGCCCCCGGGCCGCCGCGGCCGCCACGACUCGAGCCCGCUCUUCACCUUCAAGCUGCUGGCGGAGCACGAGAGCCCCGGGACCGACGGAGACGCCAGCCACGGGGGCCACGAGGCCGCAGCCGACGUGGCCAACGGGCAGCCCGGCUUCAAAAGCAACAUGCCUCUGGCGCCCGGGCAGUUUUAGGGCCCCGCGCACCGCUUCCUUUCCCUGGGGAGCCAAUCAUCGUGGGGGGCGGGCGGGCGGAGGGGGGGAGGGGAGCGUCGGCGCCCGGUAGACACGGGCCCCACGGGGAAGCGGAGGGAGGGGGGCGGGGAGAGGGGCAGCUGCUUUUCUGGCAGGGGCAUGGGUGCCAGGUACAGCGCGGAGAGCUGGGCCGAGCAUGCUGAGAGCCUGGGAGACCCGACGCCAGCCGGGAUUUCCGUCUCUCUCUCUGUGUAUAUAUCUAAACGAGUCCCUCUGUACAUGUAUUUAACCGUGGGUGCACGUGCGUGUGUCUGUGCGGUGUACGUGUGGUCUGCGUGUGUGCGUGUGUGUGGCCGCCCGCGCGGGGGCAGAGCGAGUGGGUGCCCAGGAGGCACCCAGGGCAUUGUUUGUCUCGUGACUUCGUACCUCGCAAGCCCCUCCUGUACUUCACUGAACGGUGGCACUCUGGCGGGGUUGGAAGCAAAGUCGGACAUUAAAGGUCAUUUCUUCUGUG